UUCGGAGGCGCGCAAGAGAAGUAAACAGUUCCCGAGGCGCGUUCUCGGUGGAUUCUUUAAUUCACCUUAUUCUCGUUAAUAAAACCUCGAAAAGGUUUUUAUUUCUUUCCGACUUCAGCUACAGUGAUAGCUAAGUUUGGAAAGGAGAGGACAGAGGAGUAAUAUCCGUGCGAUUUGUCGUACAGUUCGUGUGUUUUUCAGGAAAUCGCUCGACUUUGACCAGGAAUAUUAUUAUAUUUCUAUUUUAAUUCUAUUAUUACACCAAAUAUACAAAGCGAAAUAUGGAAAGCUCAAGUAAUAAAAAGGGCUGUUGUGAUUCUAUGCGUGACUUUUUCACGUCUGCGAAAUUUCUGAUUUAUGUUGGACAUGCUUUAUCAACCUGGGGAGACCGCAUGUGGAACUUUGCAGUGGCUGUGUUUCUGGUGGAGUUGUACGGAAACAGUUUGCUCCUGACCGCUGUGUACGGCCUGGUGGUGGCCGGAUCAGUGCUGUUGCUUGGAGCCAUCAUUGGAGACUGGGUCGACAAAAAUGCUCGGCUCAAAGUGGCCCAGACGUCUCUACUCGUCCAGAACAGUUCAGUUAUCUUGUGUGGUAUCCUGCUGAUGCUGGUUUUCAACUUUAAAGACCAGCUCACACACCUCUAUAACGGAUGGCUGCUGACGUUUUGCUACAUUAUGGUUAUCACCAUCGCCAACAUUGCGAACCUGGCCAGCACGGCCAUGUCCAUCACCAUUCAGAGGGACUGGGUGGUGGUUGUGGCUGGAGACGACCGCAGCGGCCUGGCAGACAUGAACGCCACGGUGAGAAUCAUCGACCAGCUGACCAACAUCCUGGCCCCGAUGCUGGUGGGCCAGAUCAUGGCGUUCGGUUCCCAUUUCAUGGGCUGUGGUUUCAUCUCAGGCUGGAACCUCUGCUCCAUGUGUCUGGAGUACUUCCUGUUGUGGAAGGUGUACCAGAAAACUCCAGCGCUAGCCAUCAAGGCAGGACAGAAAGACUCUGAAAACCAGCAGUUGAAGCCGCUCAAUGUUCAAGGAGAACUGGAGAUGGGUGAAGGCCUGGCUGAGGGUUCACAGCUGAUGAACGAGGGAUCUGUGGUGAAGCCCGAGACAAAGGAGAAGCAGAGCUGCUGCUAUCAGAUGUCCGAGCCCCUGCGCACUUUCCGUGAUGGCUGGGUCGCCUACUACAACCAGUCCAUCUUUUUCGCUGGCAUGUCGCUAGCCUUUCUGUACAUGACCGUCCUGGGCUUCGACUGCAUCACCACGGGUUACGCUUACACGCAGGGCCUGAACGGCUCCAUCCUCAGCAUGCUAAUGGGAGCCUCGGCUGUUUCGGGUAUCUGCGGCACCGUGGCCUUUACGUGGGUGCGCAAGAAGUGCGGCCUCAUCCGGACCGGGUUCUUUGCCGGCAUUGCUCAGCUGUCCUGCCUCAUGCUCUGCGUCGUGUCUGUUUUUGUCCCCGGAAGUCCCUUUGACCUGAGCGUCUCUCCUUUCCAGAGCAUGAUAAGCCACCUGCUCGGGGACAACGCGCCUCUGCCUGAGGCUCCCACCAUGGCCAGCUUGAUCACCGCCAAACCCCAGGAGAUGCUCAACAUUUCCACCAUGCAGGCUGAGGAAGUCCCGUACAUCGAGUCUUAUCUGUCUGUCAGUCUUCUUUUCGCUGGAGUUAUUGCUGCUAGAGUGGGUCUUUGGUCUUUCGACUUGACCGUGACCCAGCUCAUCCAGGAGAACGUUGCCGAGGAGGAGCGAGGGGUCAUUAACGGCGUCCAGAACUCCAUGAACUACCUCUUGGACCUGCUGCACUUCAUCAUGGUGAUCCUGGCGCCCAACCCCGAAGCUUUCGGCCUGCUCGUCAUCAUCUCCGUGUCCUUUGUCGCCAUGGGGCACAUAAUGUACUUCAGAUACGCCUUCAAGAACCUCGGGGCUCGGCUGUUCCUCUGCUGUUCGCCCGAUCAGAAAACGGACAUGGACACUCCCUCGCUUCCUUCCGUGUAAGCCGUUCAGAAAGACACUUUCUUAUCCCUGCUACGAGGAUGUGGGUUUUUUUUUUUAUUUUCAUUAUUGCUCAGAAACACUGCUAAGAUAAGUCGUAUUCUCGACAACGUGUCCACUUCCACUCACCUCCGAAACGCUGCAUUAAAGACACAAAGGAAAAAAAAAAACCCACGCACAAAAACGCCAUCGCUCGUUAGUUCCCUUUUUAAUCGUGCCGCAUGUGACCUGUAUUUAUUCCCGCUUAGCUAGUGCAUGCUUUAUUCAGUACCGUUUUAGCCGUAUCGUUACCUAGCGCUUCAGUUGCUGUUUUUUUUUUUUUAUUCUCGCGGUUCAGGGGUCGCAUUCAGGAAUACACAAGAUCAAGAUCGUUGUCUGACUUGCGUCUGAUCUAUAGUCACUAUGUCAGAUGUGGUGGUGCUAAUGUGUUACUGCAAAAGCCUUGCACUCGCUCGCGCAGUGUUUUUUUUUUUUUUUUUUUUUUUUUACUCUCUUAAAAUCCAAAGUGGAAUUAAAACCCACAUCAGGGUGAGCGAGAGGAAAACAUCCGUCUGCCUUUAUAUACAUUCCAGGUGUUCUGUGAAUAGAUUAUAGUACAGUACAAUACAGCAUAAUAUCAUAUAAUAAAUAGCCUUUUCUGCUUUGUAAGCUGAUGCCACCUUGAGUUUUUUUAUAUAUAUAUUUUAAUCAAAAAACAUAAGCAGUGCAUUAACCUGCAAUAUAUUAUAGUCCAUAACAGCUAUUUUUCUUUUAUUGUCGCACAUGGCAACCUAUCGGAAGUUGGCUCUUUGAGUUAUUCUGCAUGUUCAAAUCAACACCCUUUGAUUUCAUUUGUGCAAACUUUUAUUCUUUUCUUUUCUUUUUUUCUUUCUACCCCAGAUUUUUCAAACACAAGCACUUUAAGUGAUUAAGGCUUAUUUAGCGCAUCAAUGCACAUUCAGGUCCAUUUAACAUGUUGCACAAUUUCCUGCCAUAGCAGGGCUCCAGCUGCACAGAUCCAGCUUUAAUAGUACAA